AUGCCCCUUGAAAGCGAAGAUGUCGAGGUCAAUCAGUCCCAUAUCGGUGGCGCUGGACGUGGCCUCUUCGCACGCAAGGACUUUGCUCCGGGAGAUCUAGUCCUCUCCAUCGACCGGCCGCUGUUCGCAGAACUCGAGACCGAUCGCCUGCUAGACACGUGUGCCUGGUGCUUUCAACGUGGAGCAACGGACCCAAUUGAGAAGGCCCAGUCUGCGGCGAUGGGACUACCAUCUGGCUUCAUAGAAGUCAAGAGCUGCACAGGGUGCCGCAAGGUCUCGUACUGUUCAAAGACGUGCCAGUCCAAGGCGUGGAAACGUGAGCACAAGUAUGAGUGCAAGGUCUUGGGCGUCAAUGACCGCCCCGAUCUGCCUCAUCAUGUACGCGGCGUCGUUAAGCUUCUCGGUCGCCUGAACGGGGACCCGGGGUUCACGGAAACAGUUCAAGAUAUCUUGAAAUUUCGACCGGCUGGAGAACCGGGCGGCCUAGACAAGUUUAGCAGUCUGGACAAGCAGAGAUUCGACGACUUCCAAAUGCUUGGGCAUGCGGCUUUCCACUACGCUGGAGAGCCCAAGAUUCCCAAUACCGAGGCGAAAUCUGCCUCGAAAGCACUCAUGUUCAAUAUCAUGUCCAACACCUUUCAGCUUUCUUCUUCUCUUGAUGACAUCAAUCUUGGCAGCGGCUUCGACCCUGUGAUCUGCAGCGCGAAUCAUUCUUGCGACCCUAAUACUGUCCUGGCCUUCAAUCAACCGAAGACGCUACUUCGAGCCCUGAAACCCAUCAAGAAGGGCGAGGAAAUUUAUCUGAAGUACACUGAAGUAACAGACCCAUCCAAGUUGCGUCAGGCUGAUCUCAAAGAGAAGUAUCUCUUCACAUGUCAAUGCUCGAAGUGUAAGGAAGGUCAAACACUGGCCGAGGACACAUUCGUGGGAAUACCCGAGAAACUUCCCAGCGAGUACUGCGAGCUCGCUGAUAAACUGGCACGUACCCACGCAUCCCGGCUGGAGAGACACUCCGUCCCUGUCGAUGAUUCUACGACGAAGCGACGGUUGUCUGCGAUGCAAGCCGAAGCGUUCGCCGUAUAUGAGAAUGAGCAAUCGAGCAUAGAGGAUGUGAGGAAAGCCCUCCAAAUGUGUGUCACCUCAGGCAUGUGGACAUGGACGAGACAGCCAGUACCACAUCUUUUUCGUCGACUGUUCAGCUUGUACCUCGACUCUGCCGAACCCUACAGAGCAUUCCGAGUAGGCAUCAAGAUGUAUUUCGAAAUCACCCCAGAACUGCAUCCGCAGCCGUUCUAUCCCGACCGUCUGAUCAACACCUGGGCGCUGUCGACGUUGACCAAUGUGUUGUGCGGUCCAAUGCACCAGGAGAUCUACCAAGAGAUGGCCAAAUCCGGCCUGGAGUUGAGGGUCAUCUAUUUCCGGUUCCUGUUCGAUGUCUACGACCAUAUGGACCAGAUGUACGGCUUCGACUCCCCGUUCGGCAGGGUUGUGAAGAACACAUACAAGCAGAUCAUGGUUGGUGUCGGCCACAGCGAAGCUGACAUUCGAGAAAAGGUCGAAAAGGCUUGGCAAAACCUGGAGAUGGUCGCUCGGGGCUUGGAUGUUUCGAGUCUGUAG